AUCGUAGAAGACAAAGGCAGUGCCAUUGCUCUCAUGUGUGCCGCCCUUCUCUUCUUGGGCACAUGGCCAACAUUGCUCACCCUCCUGGAGCGCAGGGGACGGCUACCGCAGCACACGUACCUUGAUUACUCAAUCAACAACCUCCUCGCCGCAGUCCUCAUUGCGCUCACCUUGGGCCAGCUUGGGGAGAGCAAGAAAAACAUGCCCAAUUUCUUCACCCAGCUCAGUCAAGAUAACUGGCCUUCGGUGCUGUUUGCAAUGGCAGGGGGUCUUGUGCUCAGUAUUGGGAACCUUUCUACACAGUAUGCUUGGACAUAUGUGGGUCUCUUAGUUACUGAGGUUAUCUGUGCAAGUAUGGUUGUUGUAAUAGGCACAACACUGAAUUAUUUCCUGGACAACCGCAUCAACAGGGCAGACAUUCUUUUCACUGGAGUGGCAUGCUUCCUUGUUGCAGUCAUCCUCAGGACUGUUGUACACGCUUCUAAUGCAGCGGAUAAUGAAGAAAAACUAAGUGAAUCUACAAAUGGCUACAACCUUGGCAAGACAAAUGGAGGUAUGGAGCCAAGCACACAAGUUAUAUAUGAUGCACUAGAGGACAUAGAGAAUGGAGCUUCUGCAGAAGAUGCCACCAGAGCUAAGGCAGGAACUGCAGAAUACCUAAUUGAGCUCGAAGGGCGGCGUUCAAUUAAGGUAUUUGGAUCGAGUACUCUCAAGGGGCUUGGGCAAGUUUUCUUUGCUGGUGUCUGCCUCUCGCUCUUCUCUCCAGCACUCAAUCUGGCCACCAAUGAUCAGUGGCACACCCUGAAAGACGGUGUCCCACAUCUGGAUGUAUACAAUGCCUUCUUCUACUUCUCCAUCUCGUGUUUUGUCAUUGGUAUCGGGUUGAACAUCUUGUUCCUCUACCGCCCAAUGACCGGCGUGCCAAAGUCAUCCUUCAAGGCCUAUCUGAAUGACUGGGAAGGCACACAAUGGGCUCUUCUUGCCGGUCUCCUUUGUGGUUUGGGCAGUGGCUUCCAGUUCAUGGGUGGUCAGGUUGCUGGUUAUGCUGUUGCUGAUGCUGUUGAGGCUUUGCCACUUGGGAGCACAUUCUGGAGCAUCGUGCUAUUCGGGGAGUACCGGAAGUCGUCAAAGAAAAUGUACACUCUGCUGGUGUUCAUGCUGCUGAUGUUCAUCGCAGCUGUAGCAACGCUCAUGGCUUCAGCUGGUCACAGGAGCACAAAGUGA